AAGAACUUGAUCAAGAUGCUAUUAAAAUUAAAGAUUUUAAUAGAAAAAUUGAAAAUAAACGAAAAGAAUAUGAAAAAGUUAAUAAAAAUUUAAAAGAUAAUGAUAUAGUUGAAAGAUUUGUAAUUGGUGGGCAUGAAGAUAAAAAAUAUAAAGGAAAAUGUAUUAUUGUUGUUUGUGAAAAUAUACCAUUUCGAUUAAUGGUAAAAUAUGGUUUAUAUCAUUGGAUCAAAGCAAAAUUUAAAAAGAAUAAUGAUAUUUUAGAUGUUAAUAAAGAUAAUAUCGAAGAGCUUAAGAAUAUUAAAUAUUAUAAUAUUGUUUUAAAAAUAGUUGAGAAUAUGGAAAAGAAUGAUAUUAUGUUUGAUGCGGAGUUAUCACCACAAUUGAUUUCAGAAAUUGAUUCCAUUUUUAGAAAUUUAAAACAACAAAUUAGAAAAUAA